AUGCCUGCGGUGACGUCACGCGGCCGCGCGCUCCCCCGGGAGCACAACAAGAGUCACGCUCGCGGCCGCCGGGGCGAGGGGCGGUGUCUGGCGGCUUCCACCAAUCAGCGGCUGCUCCGCGCGCCGGCCCCGCCCCUCGCUGCGUCGCGCGGCGCCGCGCGGCCCGUCCCCGCUCGCGCGGCCCGUCGCGGUCCGAGGAUGCGGGAGGCGCCCGCGCUGCCCCGCGGCCCCGCCGCCCCCGGCGCGCCCGGCCCCGGGGCCGUGCCCGGCUUCCUGGCCAAGCUCUGGGCCUUGCUGGAGGAUCCGGACAGCGACGACGUCAUCUGCUGGAGCAGGAAUGGCGAGAAUUUCUGCAUUCUGGAUGAGCAGAGGUUUGCCAAGGAGCUGCUCCCCAAGUACUUCAAACACAACAAUAUCUCCAGCUUCAUACGGCAGCUCAACAUGUAUGGUUUCAGGAAGGUGAUUGCUCUGGAGAAUGGUAUCAUUACAGCAGAGAAAAGCUCAGUCAUUGAGUUCCAGCACCCUUUCUUCAAGCAAGGGAAGGCACAUUUACUGGAGAACAUCAAGCGCAAGGUGUCUGCAGUGAGAACUGAGGAUCUCAAGGUCUGCACAGAGGAUUUGCACAAAGUCCUGUCUGAGGUGCAGGAGAUGAGAGAGCAGCAGAACAACAUGGAUGUCAGGCUGGCUAAUAUGAAGAGAGAAAAUAAGGCCCUGUGGAAAGAAGUGGCAGUUCUAAGGCAGAAGCACAGUCAACAACAGAAGCUGCUGUCUAAGAUUCUUCAAUUUAUACUAAGUUUGAUGCGAGGAAAUUAUAUUGUUGGGGUCAAAAGAAAAAGGUCUCUCACGGAUGCUGCAGGUGCUUCACCCUCCAAGUACAGUCGUCAGUAUGUCCGCAUCCCUGUGGAGAGUGGCCAAGCUAUGGCUUUUUCUGAACACAGUGCAGCUGAAGAGGAUGGAAAUGGUACAGGUCUGAUAAUCCGAGAUAUCACUGACAGCCUGGAAAAUGCCACCAACGGCCUCCUUGCUGUGGCACACACAAGUGGCAGAGCCAGAGAGCCACAGGCAGCUCUAGAUCCUGGCUUACCUCUUUGUCAAGUAUCACAGCCAAGUGAGUUAAGUUGUGCAGAACCUGUCCCAUCAGUUCCUGUAAACGAUGUCAGCAAAUCUGGCGAAAUAGGCACGGCUGCUGUGGAGCUCCACACUGCACAGCCAAAUACUCCAGAGGACCCUGUGUCAGUAAUUGACUCCAUCUUGAAUGAGAGCAGCUCUGGAAACCAAAAUGAUCCUUUGCUGGACAGAGAGGAGAUUCAGGAUUUUCUGAACUGCAUCGAUGCCAGCCUUGAAGAGCUCCAAGCAAUGCUGUCAGGGAAGCAGUACAACUUCGGUGCCGAGGCGUUCAGCGACACAUUUAAUCCGGAGCUGCCAGCCCUGGAUAUGAACUUGAUGGAAACUCCCCCUGGUAUUGAAAAUAUGGCAAACUUGGCAGAGAGCACUGAAGGUCUGGGAGCAAGUGAGAGGGAAACAGCAGGAAGCAAAGAUAUGCAGCUGAUCCAGUACAGGGCCAACCCUCUGCUCUCCUUAUUUGAAGAGCUGCCUUCAGGUGAAGCUGCAGGGAAGGCAGAGGAUCCGAAAGACUUUCUGCUGCCUCCCCUGGAGGAGAAACCUGCUCUCCAGCCUCCAUCAGCCAGUGGAACUGUGGUGCCACUUGCAGCUCCAGCAAGCCAGGCCGAGCCUCUGGACACUCUGGGAAUGGGUGAUCCACCUCUCCUCCCAGAAGAUGGGAAUGGAGAGUAUAAACUAUUUCCACUCCUGCUUCUCAGUCCUGUUGCUAACUUCAUAGAUGAGGCCUCUGAGAUAGAAAUUUCUUGAACUCAUAGAACAUCUGUAACCAGCUUAGUGCUAUGGAAUAACCACCAAAGGAGUGGAGCAGCAAAAAGUGUGAGCUGGGUCCUCACCUGCUUCCUGGGGACCCUGCUCUGCACAGACAAAUGGAAGUUCUCUUGCUGCAAGCAGGGAGCACAUCUGGGAGAACUGAACACGAGCUCAACAACAACAAGAGCUGGUGGAGUGAAGGCACCAGACAGAGGGGAAGAACAACAACCCUGUAAACAUACCACAGUGUAUUCCAUAACUUUUUAUCCAAUAUUCUUAUUGCAAGAGGAAAUAUGUUUGUAUCCUGUUUGUAAAGUUUGGCUGGGUUUUUUUGUUGGGGGGUGGUGUUUGUUUUUAUUAGCUGGAUAGUAAUGUGGUGUGUAACAUUUUAAACCUGGGUUUUACUCUUUGGAGAGCCUGCUUCAAUAGGUGGCUUGCCUACUGUUUGAAAUUAAGUUGUUUUUAAAUUUUGUUUUUAAAUUGAGAUUUCUUUUUUUGAUAGUUACUGGCUAUGAUUGUUUGCAUCUGCUUAGAUUACUUUCAUACUCCUAGAUUUGCUCCUAGGUUUAGGGAACAUUUUUCCUAUGGAAAAUGACAUUUAACUGUGGAGUAUUAUUUUUUAACAUGCUAGCACACAUCCAUUGCCCCGGAUUGUAGGAGUUGUGGUAGGAAGUGCUUGCCCUCCUGUGUAGUGCUGAUUUCUCAUGCACAUUGCAUGGCAGUUCCGGGGUAACCUGCCCCCAGUUCACGGGUUGUGUGUCCUUGGAGAUAGUCAGUAGGACUGAUUCAUGUUUAGCAAAGGCCAGCAGCUGUCCCUGAAAUGAGAAGGGGAGCCCUGGGGUGCCUUGCACUGACUCACAUUAAGGUGUCUCUGGUAGCAGCUUUUGUUCCCUGCCCCUGUAUGGACUCCAGGUUUCACACUGCAGUUUCUGCCCGUGGAAUCUUAAAGCCAAAUCAACCAGAUGCAUCUGAGUCUUUUGACAAUGAUUUACAUAAACUAGUGUUCACCAGAAAGUCGUUCCCCAAAGUUUCUUUUGGCACUGUUUCCCAAGUUCUCUGAGCAGCUGCACUGUGGAGCCCAGCCCCAGUGUCAGUGGAGCAGCAAGCUGUGUGCUGGUACCAAGCAUGUCACAGCUUCACCAGCCCACACAAACCUGCUUUGUGCUGAAGUGACAGCAAACUGCUGGGGCUGCAAGAGGCCUGGAUGCAGGUAGAAACCCCCUUGGAUAAUACCACCUGAUAUUUCCUGCCAGCACAGUUACUUUAAAUUUUUUCCAGUUUUAAGAAUUCAGGCUACCUGCAGGCUUUGUUCUCUCUAAUGUUCCUGAUCUAAUAAGUGCUGAGCUCUUUUAUAUUCAAGAAUCCAAGGUAGAUAUUCUGAAGCCUGCUAGAUAAUGCAUGUUACCUGUGCUGGCCCAACUUCAUUGGAUUUGUGCUUCACAGUCAAAUCUGAGUUGCAGAGGAAGGUCAUGCUUUUGAGUGUGUAACACCUUCAGUGUCAUUUUAUUUCUGUGCUUCUGUACCUGUUCUUACCUUGUGACCCUUCUCGUUUCCAUCUUUUGAAUUGCCUUUUGUCAAGUUUGUCUUAUUCAAGCCUUCAGAGUCUUUCUUUCACUGGCUUGUUGAGGUCAAGGGCUGAGUAGUCUCAAGUUUUCAUGAGCUGAAGGGAGAGGGGGAGGUGACCGUGUUCCAUCUGUCCCAGGUCAGGUUUGGUUUGUUAAUUCCUUCCCAAAGGCCACAGUUUUGCCAAGAGUGAAUCAGUGAAAACCAGGCUUUUCUGGUGUGCUGUCUGACAGCACCAUGGAGACAACAAAGUUCUUUGGGAGGUUGAUCUGUGCCUCUGACUCCCUGCACUGGUUGCGCUGUAACUUCUGUGAUGGAUUAGUGUCGUGUUCCUCUGUCUCAGAGUCAUCUCCCCUCAGCACAGCUCACUGUCAGGUAUUGGGUCUGAGUGCAUCAUGGGUUUUUAAUACACUUUCUCUCUUAAGAAGCUAAGAAACCAAGGCUUACAAAAAUUGCAAAAAAAAAAAAAAAAGUUUGUAAAUCUAUGUGUCUGGUUUAUGUACAGGUCCGGGAAAAGUAUUUGUGCAACUUUCUUAAGAAAGAUUGCAAUGGAAAGGGGAAGACUGAAUAACAAAAAAACCCCACAUGCUGAAGUAAUUAAACUCAAGAAUUGCAAAAAAA